AGCCCUGCACCGCGGCAGUAUCGAUACGACCGGUGGUGGUAGCGGGUCGACGUCGGUAGCGACCCAACGUGAUGCGAAGGACCAAAUUGGAGUCCCGCUGGUUGGGUCUGUAGGUAGUCGCAGGCAACGUCGGAGGUGAGAAAUCAUGGAAGAGAUCUUUCAGAACGGCAACUAUCAGAGGGAGACCAACGCUAACAUGACCGCCAUGGAGACACGAAAAGAGGACUGCCUGCUCGACCAUAUGGAGAUCUCAAUAGUGGAGGCUGAGAAGAGAGCGAAUAGAGCACUUAAUUUAAGAGAAUUCUACACAGUAUACCUCAUUGAAACUAAAGUCACUGACCCAAAUUUCAAAAACGCAUUAACUAGGAUAAGUUCGUUAUGGCGGCGAUAUACCGAGUUUGAGUUGCUCCGUGCUUAUCUGGAGAUCUCUUAUCCCUACAUCGUGUUGCCGCCGUUACCGGAAAAAAAAGUUCUUUACGCUUGGCAGAAAGUGACCACUGACACUUUCGAUCCGGACUUUGUAGAUCGCAGAAGAGCUGGACUCGAGAAUUUUCUUGUAAGAGUUGCAUCGCAUCCUAUACUUUCGCGCGACGAACAUUUUAUGGGAUUUCUUCAGCAGAAGGACGGUUGGAGAGAAAGUGUUAAAGAAACAGGGUAUUUACAAAUCGCAGAAUCGAAACUGAAAGCACUUAGUGUAGCCGUGCGACUGAGAAAACCAGAGAAACGGUUUGAAACUAUAAAAAAUUAUGGAAUCGAACUACAGAAUAACUUGUGCAAUCUCCUGCGAGUACGCGCACGGCUCGUUGAGAAACAACACAGUCUGUAUAAACUGCACGCCAAUUAUGGGCGUGUCUUCAGUGAAUGGAGUGCCAUAGAGAAAGGAAUGGGCGACGAACUGCAGAAAUCUGGACAUUACUUGGACUCAUUAGCGGCGACGAUAGACACUACUCUCGAGGAGGAAGAACUCAUAGCCGAUCAGCUGAAGGAAUGGCUGUUUGGCGCAUCGGCUUUGCAGGCUGUAGUUAGACGCAGAGAAGCUUUACAAUUAGCUAAAGAUGAAGCGCACGAUGCCUUAACUGCCACGUUUGAACAGAAAGACAAAGUCAUGCAAGGUAAGGCGGGUCUGAUGUCGCGUUUAUUUGGCUCUGUGGACACCGAGGAAGUUCGCGAGUUGAAAAUUCUUCAGCUUGAACAGCGAAUUGCUCAGCACGAUGAAACAGUGAAGCAAGUGGACGAAGAUUUAAAGUCUUUCUCUAUUAAAGCCAUGAUGGACAUCGAGAGGUUCCAACAUCAAAAAGUCAUCGAUCUAAAAGAAACUUUGGCAGCUUACUGUGUUUUGCAAUUUAAACUAGCUCGGAAGGGUCUUCAAGCUUGGCAGCACAUCAAAGGUUGUCUCGAAAGUAUACCGUGAAAGAAUUUGCGACACUUGACGAAACAGACUGUCACAGAACAAUAAUUGUCUCCACGUUUCUCAUUCGAUAUACAUUCCCGUAUCUGUAAGUUCACUCACGCUUAUCACAUUCAAUGUACAUGAUUGUUAUUAUUUAAAAUGUCAGAAUAUAAGGGAUAUUAUAUAUGUACAUGUAAUUCAUGUUGAAUAUAUAUAUUAUAUAUAUAUUAUAUAUAUAUACAUAAAUAUGUCGGAACACAUUAUUUAAAUAUUUAUAUGUAUUUAGUACACCGCCUACGUGCAAAAGAUUGUACUUAAUCGCGUAUAUCAAAUUACAAUACGCGAAUCAUAUAACUUAUAAAAUUUACUAUAUGUAAAUGACGAUAUAUGUAAUUAUUAUGAUGUAAUUUUUAUACACUGCCCUUCUAUCAUGUUCGAGGAAUAGGUACUUCAAUUCCACUUCGACAAUUAAAUCUGAUCUAAUUACUUUCAUGCAGAAUUAAACUUGUUUUCAAUUAAAUAUUUGUUAUAAUAUCCGUUAUUGGAAAGCAAUAUGCGAGAAAUUAAUUAAGGUAUUAUUAUUUAUAUAUUAUUUGUUACAUAUAUUUCUCUAUCUCCAUAUUUUCAGUAUUAUUGUUACAAAAAAUAUUGGCAUUUAAGAUGCGAAUUUGUUUUCGUUAGUUUAUAAGUUUCUUAAUAGAUCAUGUAUUAACACUUGAGAUUUAUAGAGUCGUUACUAAUUUUAUUAUAUUUCAAUCGCCUGAAUCUCAAAUAUGUUUCUCAAAAAUUAUGCAUAAUAAUCCUAUGCAGGGAUAUUUGUUAAAAGAUUUCUUCCCAUUACAUUUAAGUAAAGAAAAAUGUACAAUUUC